AUGGAAUUUACAGAUGGAAACUACACGUUGGUCACUGAGUUUAUUCUAGUAGGUUUUCCAACUCGCCCUGAACUGCAGAUUGUCCUGUUCCUCAUGUUUCUGACAUUGUAUGCUGUAAUUCUAAUAGGGAACAUUGGAUUGAUGCUGUUGAUCAGGAUUGAUCCUCACCUUCAAACCCCCAUGUGUCUUUUCCUUAGCAACCUAUCAUUUGUAGACCUUUGCUAUUCCUCAGACAUUGUUCCCAAAAUGCUGGUCAAUUUCCUCUCGGAGAACAAAUCUAUUUCCUAUUAUGGGUGUGCCCUGCAGUUUUAUUUUUUCUGUACUUUUGCAAAUACAGAAUCCUUCAUCCUGGCCGCCAUGGCCUAUGAUCGCUAUGUCGCCAUCUGUAACCCUUUAUUGUACACAGUUGUGAUGUCUAGGGGCAUCUGUUUGCGGUUGAUUGUCUUGUCAUACCUUGGAGGCAACAUGAGUUCCCUGGUUCACACAUCCUUUGCCUUUAUUCUGAAAUAUUGUGACAAAAAUGUUAUUAAUCAUUUUUUCUGUGACCUCCCUCCCCUGCUUAAACUAUCCUGCACUGACACAACAAUUAAUGAGUGGCUCCUCUCCACAUACGGCAGCUCAGUGGAAAUUAUUUGUUUUAUCAUCAUCAUCAUCUCCUACUUUUUCAUUCUUCUCUCAGUCUUAAAGACCCGCUCUUCCAGUGGGAGGAAGAAGAUCUUUUCUACAUGCGCCUCUCACCUGACUUCAGUGACGAUCUACCAAGGAAAUCUCCUCUUUAUUUACUCACGGCCCAGCUACCUGUAUUCUCCAAACACUGAUAAAAUUAUCUCAGUGUUCUACACCAUUUUCAUUCCAGUGAUCCAUUGAUUUAUAGUUUGAGAAAUAGAGAUGUAAAGGAUGCAGCUGAGAAAGUUCUAAGAUCAAAGGUAGAUUCUUCAUGA